GACGUCGUUUGCAAGAAUGCCGGCGACAUUGGCGCAAGCUGUGCUGGGGCCUUUGGCGGACGUCGCCGCGGAAGAGGAACUCAAGAAAUGCAUCGUAGUGGCGGAUGAUGGAAGCAUUGAAGCAUUGCGGUGGUCUGGAGGUAUCACCUUCUUGAUGAACACCGUGCAAGUGCAAACCAUUUUGAGUCUGGAUGAUGCUGUCGCGGCGGUGUGUCGCUCCGAUGAUGAUGUGUCCGGACCCACAGCGCACGAACUGUUUGACCCAUGGAUGAACAACGUCAAGAAUAAGAUCCUUCUCUUCACGAGCCGUUCCCUUGUCGAGCUCGAGGCGGUGCUUGCUGCAUUGCUCCAUGCGGACGUGGCAUCCACGUUCGUCGUCGCGUCGACGCUUCCCGAGCGCGCGUUUGGACCCUCGUUUUCCUUCGAGACUUUUCGUCAAACUCUGCUGCGGGGAGCACCGGUCGAUUCCCUUCGCAUUCGCUACGUGCCUUUGUUGUACGCGCCCCUGCUGGAAUUCGAACCGCGUGGUGACAUCACCCACCCAGGCUUGUUUGUCCUGGUGCAUCCCAAAUGCGCGCCUGUGUUUCCGCUCAUGCGAUGCCAGCUGCACGGUCUCCAGCACGACGGUAGUUCCAAGGCGUGGUCGCAUGCGCAGGACAUUUCCCCUCAGGACAUCCCCGAGACGACGCGGAAGGCAUUCAAGACGUUGGCACAGGUCCUCGGCGCGAUCAUGGUGCAAUGGCAGCUCGAGGUGAAGUCCCGCAUCUUUGCGCUGGGCGCCACAUCGCUCAAGAUCGGCCACACGUUGCAAGCCUUUUUGCACGACCUCCAAGAAGAAUGCACGAUCCAGGAAGUCAAGGAGUACAAGCCCGCUACUCUCAUCCUCAUCGAUCGGUUCCAAAGUUUGCCUGGGGGCGGCUACCUCGUUGAGCUCAUGUCGAUCUUCCCCACUAGGACAUGCGACCUCGCGACGCCGUCGACUCAGCAGCAUACCCUGUUGGACCGAAUCCUCGAGCAUCUUCCCGCCGCGACCCGAUCCACUCCAGCCGAUUCGAACGCAGAACACAUUACAGAAGUCGGACCACUGUUUGCAACACCGUCGCCCGUUCCCACGGCGACUCCGCGCGACCUCCACCACCGCCCGUCCUCGCUCCUGUCGACUGUGAAGUGGACGGGUGGUAUCAGCCUGUGCCACGCAUACGGUGGGCCGUCCCAACGCGUGUUUGAAUCCCUGGCCAUCAAAGCCCCCAUCGCAGCUCUCAAGCAUCUCGACAAGGAAUUGCGCGACGUCGCGAUGGACCUGCUCAAGCAAAAGUUGACCCCCGUGCCUGAAAAGAAGGACGCCCACCGAGGCCGCGACGUCAUUCUGCGCUGGGUCCAGUGCAUCGCCGACUGCACCGACGCCAACGUGACCUGGCAGCACCAAGACUUGUUGCAAAUUGCCAUCGCGGUUCUCGAAACUCUCGAGCGCAUGGAAGCGUCGACGGAACAAACCAAGCGCCUGACUGCGUUGGAGAAACACAUUGGAGCAUGCAGUCCCGACGCGGGUGUCCAUGAGCUCAUUCAAGCACUGCAUGCAUCUCAAGUGACAGAUGUGGCGUCGAUACUGUCGCUGUGCAUCUUUGUGUGUGCCCUCUCUGGGACACAAACUUGGCUUGACGCACAAACAACGUCGGGCUUGCACGAAGCCAUCAAGGCGGCGUUGCUCCGAAAUCCAACGCACCCCUUGCUUCCUCCCGGGAUGAUUUCUCCGCAAGCCAGCGCAGACCAUGCGACUGAAAGAGAACAAGCUGCCGAUGAUGACAACUGGGACGACUGGGGCGACGAUGACGUGGCGCCACCGCCGUCCAACGAUUCCAGUGGACGCGCCGUGGCCAGUUCCGAGCUAGAAGUGUUUGUGGGCUCACUGUGCGAAGCGCUUCGGGAAUGCGGCCAGCUAUACAAGCCAUUACCGGGCCAUCGCGACGUGCCAGGCGUGCUCGGUCGACUGAUGGCGCUCCUGAUUGACCCGAGUGUCCCAACGAUUCCAAAGUUGGAGCAUGUAACGGAUGCGUCGGAACAGCUAACGAAGGCCGGCAUGGACUUGCUCAAGUCUGGCUUGAGUGUGUUUGGGUUUGGGUCGACUCCACAGCCGUCAGGCGCGGCAGCUGCCGUGACGUCUGCGCACUGCAAGCUCCACGACACGGUGGUCCUCUUCGUCGUUGGCGGCAUUACGAUGCACGAGGUUCAAGCAAUCUCGGACGUGGUCAAGUCGAGACCAGACUUGCGCGUACUAGUCGGCAGCACCACCAUCACAUCUCCAUCCAAGAUUCAACAACACGUUGUUUGGAACAACCACUGUAAGUGAAUAGUAACUGCGUCAACGUACCCAUGGAUGGCAUAUUGGUGUACCG